AUGGAGAAAGAAGAAAAAAUGGAAGAAAGCACUAGAGAAAUGGAGGAUGUAAAGAGAGAAAGUGAAAUAAAAAUAAAAUUGGAAAAGAAAACAGAAGCAGCUGAGAGCGCAGGCGCAGUGAAUAUGUCCAAAGAUCACAAGAAGGCGCUGAGCAACUUCCGAGACCAGGUGAGGUACAAGGACUACAAAGGGCUGAUUAAAACUCUGAAGACGCUUGAAGAGAUAAUAAGAGCCCCGGAGAGGUACCACAUAGAAGAGAAGUACAAGAAUAGCUACAAAAUGGUGCACGAGAACAUUCUUCUUCUGAAAAAUAUUCUCAUCAGCGAUAUCAAAUACAGCGUGACAAACGAAAAAGGCCUGGAUAAGAGCGCAGUUCUUCUUUCCACCAUUCUCGCAGAAAAGUAUGUCUCAGAUGUGCAGAGAUCAAUUGUCACGUGGAUGUCAAACUGUGUGCAGACAGAGCACAUGAAAGACCUCCAGCGGCUUGAAAAGCUCUCGGAGGUUGAGUCAGCGCUAAACCGUCUUUUGAUGAUAAAAGAUAGCAUUGGCAUAAAAACCGCGCAUCUUCCCAUCUGGUGGAAUAUUUCCAAAGUGAUUUUGUGCGAUCUUUCAGUGAUUUUGAAAAACAAGCUGAUCCGGGUGAUGGACAGAGCAGAGUUCUCCUGCAUCGAAUACCUAGAUGCCCUGAAAAGAUGCAUGGACUUCGAAACAACCUAUCUUUCCUCAUUAGGCAGGCGGUCUAACAACUCGCCUAGAGAAGUUUCUGUUCUUAAGCUGUCCGAAACAUCGCCCACCCAUUUGCGGCUGCUAGACGACAUCUCAACCGAGCAUCCAAUGUGCAGCGAAGAAAUAGAGUCGAAUAGUUUGACUUUGGCGUUCAUUCCGUACAUCCACAUCUACAUAGAAAAUGAAAUCAAAUCUCUUUCUGACAGAGUAAUUCUCUUCUCAGGCUGCCAGGUGCACAGCACAACGUACAGUGUUUAUACGCUGCUUACGCACACUCUGUCAAAGCUUGUGUACUUCAAAUUCCCCAGUGUGGGAUAUUCUUUUCUCACAAUAGUUGACAAAGCUGUCGCAAAAAUCAUAAAAAAAUCAACAUUCACCCAGGCAAGCAAAAACCUUCUGUCUGGAAUAGAAACUGUAUACUACAUCCAGAAAAUAACAGCAGAGAUGCUUGAAAAGCUCCAGAAAACGUUUAACAUCGCAGGAAUCGACUCACCUGAAACAGAAGACGCGCUGAACGAUCUGCUGCACCGAAUAUACGCAUCAUACAUGCUUGGACUGCGCGAUAGACUCGCAUUCCUCAACAGAAAAGUUUUGAAGAGCCAAAAACUAGAUAAACACUGCACUCCUUUUCUUAACGAGCUAAUUUCAGAAGUCGAGUCAAUGUCUACACUGUCCUUUACGCGAUACGACUAUCUGGUUAAAGAAUGGCUGGACAUGCUUGGCGAGUCUAUUUUCCUGGCGCUUGUUGAUGUUAAGUUCAAUGCAGCGCAGGCUGAGCACAUUCUCUACUUCAUGAGCGCGCUUGAAGUUCCUCUUAAAAACACAAUAUUCGUAAAACUUCGUCUGGACAUUCAGUACUCGAUCUUUGACAAGAUAAAAAUAUUCCUAAAACUUUUCCUGCUCGAUCCUUCGCUGCCUGAGCUGUUUAUUGAGAACUUCCACAUGCUAUCGAAUGGCCUAUUUGCAUUCCAUCAGGUGCUUAGCAAAAUCCCCAAAAGACACCGUAAGACUCUUAUAGCUGAGUUCAACAAAACAUCAAGCCAGACCAUUUAA